CAUCGUGCAGCUCUGCGAAACGUAGUGAGCGGGGCCACUGUCAACAACGCACGUAUCUGGGAGCAGGUGAAUGCCGGCAAAACAAACUUUCCGCGCUCGGAGGACACACGGAACUCUCGCUGUGAUUUGAAAGUUUCGAGAAGAGCGCGUAUCAACGACAGGAUUCGUUUGAUCACAAAUCCCAGUCUUCAAGGUGCACCAACUGGAUCGUAAGCCAUGGCAACCAUAGUGCCCAAACUUUCCAGCGGUGGUGCUGUUAAAAUCCGCUUUAACAGCAUGGACCUGGGCACCACCAGGUGGAAAGAAGGAACUUUUGAGAUUUUGGAAAAGGACAACAAAGUCAACCUCUGUCUAAGGUUCAACUGUGGUGGUGCCUCCAAAACCUUUCAGCUAAACCAGAAUGUGAAGACCAUUACCCAGAAUCUGAGUCGAAUCAUGCUGACUUUGAAGGAUGGCAGUGUCAUCGUUCUGGAUAAGAUGCCCCAGUCUUUGGCGCUGAAGACUAAAGAAUACCUGGAAAAGCUGAAACCAGGAAAGCCAAUUUUAAAAUCAUCCCAUGGAAGUGCAAACUUCAGUGUGCUGGGAAACCGCUCUGCGAAAAAUGAGACCAGUCCGCCAGGGGAAAGACAGACAACACCAAGGCGGCAGAGCGUGGAAAGCCGAGAGGACACAACACCACGGAGACCCCUGGGCAGUCCAAGCAGAGCAGCCUCCACUCCCACUCGCACUGGACUAUCUGAGAACAGGAGUGAGAAGAGGAAGAGACUCUUAAAUUCUGAAAGUGACCUGACUGAGGACUACCCCAAGGAAAAUGACUCUUCAAGUAACAACAAGGCCACAACAGACCCAUCCAGGAAGUUUCUGCUGAGCUAUAAAGAGAAGAUGAAGCAAGGAGAGGAGAACAGGAACUCAGCUCCACUGGGUUCAACUCCCCUUCAGUCGUCAUCAUUCUAUGGCAGCAGAUCUGUGACUAAAGACUACAGCCAGAGCCACUCUUUUCUGGACAGGCCAUCCAGUACAGCACAGACCACUUCGGCCAAGCGAAGCCUCCUGCUGCCCAACCACUCCACUCCCUUCAAGAAGGUGCGCCCCUCUCUUGACUAUGGUGGCUGGAACAAACAAAGGCCCUCCACUCUGGCACAGCCUCAGCCCCCACUGCAAGGUUUUUCUAACUUGGGCAACACUUGCUACAUGAACGCCAUCCUGCAGUCUCUCUUCAGCCUGCCUUCCUUCUCCAAUGACAUGCUCAGACAGAGCAUCCCAUGGAAGAAGGUUCCCAUUAAUGCAUUACUCAGGCGUUUUGCUCACCUCAUGGUCAAGAAGGACGUUGGCUGUCCAGAGACAAAAAAGGACCUGCUGAGGAAAGUCAAGAGUGCCAUCUCCUCCACGGCUGAGCGCUUCUCUGGAAAUAUGCAAAAUGAUGCUCAUGAGUUCCUGAGCCAGUGUUUGGACCAGUUAAAGGACGAUAUAGAGAAAAUGAACAAGAGCUGGACAAACGAAGCUUCAGCUUCCUCGUCGUCCUCUGCGGUGUGUGACAAUGGCCAGGACGCAGCAUCGUUGACGGCCAAGACGGAGCCUGGUGAAGAAGUGGACACCUGUCGCAUCUACACCUGCCCGGUUGCAGUUAACAUGGAGUUUGAGGUGCAGCACACCAUCGUCUGCAAAGGCUGUGGUGAGGUGGUAACCAAGCGAGAGCAGUUCAAUAACUUGUCCAUCGACCUGCCGCGCAGGAAGAAAACCCUCCCACUUCGCUCUAUCCAAGAUUCUCUGGAUCUAUUUUUUAGGAUGGAGGAAAUUGAGUACUCGUGUGAAAAGUGCAAUGGCAAAGCAGCAACUGUUACACAUAAAUUCAGCAAACUUCCCAGAGUCCUCAUCCUCCACCUCAAACGGUACAGUUUCAAUGCUCAAUUGUCUCUGAACAGCAAGCUGGGUCAGCAGGUGGUGAUUCCUCGAUACCUGACCCUGCUGUCCCAUUGCACUGAAUCCACAAGACCUCCUCUUAGUCUUGGCUGGAGUUCCCAAGCCUCCAUGUCCAGAACACUUAGAACAUCACAGUCUGUCAACUCCUGCACAGCACCUGCCCGAAGGAUUGGAGGGAAAGUGGCAAACUCCAGCUGCACCUCCAGCCUUAUGGACUCUGACUGUGAAGAGGAGCCUACCCGAAGGGUGAGCACCAGUCGCAAGCGACGCCUCAGCAGCUGUCUACCUGACGAGGACGAGCGUCAAGAAGAGCGCGGGGUACCAAUAGAUUCAGCAGACUUCAGUGGCAUUAAUGACGAUGAAAUGCUGGCGGCAGUGCUGGAGAUGAGUCGCCAAGAGGCCGGUCUGUCUGCUCCCCCGUCCCUGGAGGAUGAGCCGACCAGCAGCCCAGACACUGGGUUUGGGGACACAGACGCGCAUGACCUGGCCUAUCACACAGAUCUGAUGGAAGCAGAUGGCAAACAACCUGCAGAUGUUCUGGAUUCCUUGGAUUUGACCAUGGAUGAGAAUAAGGAGAACCAGACCCCAGAGGGUGUGCAGCAGCAGGGUGAGCUGGACUGGGUUCAGCAAUAUAGUCUGGAUCAGGAGAGAGAGGAACAGGAGCUGCAGCAGGCCCUGGCCCAGAGCCUUCAGGAACAUGAAGCCCAAGAGAUGAGAGAGGAUGAUGAUCUAAAGAGGGCAACUGAGCUCAGCCUACAGGAAUUUAACAACUCCCUGCCAGAGCUGCUGUGUUCGGAUGAUGAUUCUGGUAAUGAGGACGUGUUGGACAUGGAGUACACUGAAGCUGAGGCUGAAAACCUAAAGAGGAAUGCUGAGAGUGGAGAUUUGGCCAACUCUUUUAGACUCAUCAGUGUUGUCAGUCACAUUGGAAGCAGCUCUUCCUCUGGCCACUACAUCAGUGACGUGUACGACAUGAAGAAGCAAUCGUGGCUGACUUACAAUGACCUGGACGUGUCGCGCACGCAGGAAGCAGCUGUCCAGCGAGACCGUGAUCGCAGUGGAUACAUUUUCUUCUACAUGCAUAAGGAAAUGUUUAAACAGCUGUCCGAGAUGGAGCGAGCUGGAGCCAGCAGCACAUCAGAGGCGGGGAGAAACGUCCUGCAGCCGCUCUGAGCACUUCGUCUUUGGACGAGCAACCACCCACACAUCCACCACUGAACUCUGCAAGAUGGACCUCUAAGCUGAACAACCUUGAGUACUACUGAUAGCUGUUCUUUUUGGUCAUCUUCAGGCACUUCUCUAUGAAUCACUUAAUGUCAGGUCAGAUGGCACCUCUGAAUGCCAACAUGUGCUGAUCUGUCGGGACUCUUUCAGAGACCAGAAAUGCAGAUAAAAUGUUCAGUGGAUCAAAUUUUGCCUCCCAUGUUUUUGGGGCUGGAGUUUUUCUUUGCUAUUUUAUCAAAUAACUGUUUUGUAAAGGUUUUGUUUGUUUCUUGAUAUAAUUCUUUACAAUUUAAUGUCGUUUGUUCAGACUUAAAAUUCAUUAUCGAACAUCAGAUGCUACUGGUUUGUAAUGGAUUUUGUUUUGCAGACCCUUUAUUUCCCAUAUGAACUAAAUAAAGAUAUAUUCUACGUUGGAGUAUAAGCUAUUAUAGAGUUAAAGGGGUGUUGUAUUUAGCGGGAACAUUUGGUGCAAUAUUUAUUUUUCUGGCAUGAAUUGGCCAGUGAAGAUCAGCUUUGUCAGUGUGUGUGGAUGUUUUCCUCGCUUCUUUCUGUGCUUGGUUUAUAAGCUAACGUUUGUGUGUGGCUGUCUCCAUAUUUUUCAACUCGUAGAACCCAGUUGUGACAUUGCCUGUUUUUACUGAGCUCUUCUCAGUGAAACACAUUUUCUGUAUGGGUUUCUGAACUUGUGCCUCCCAAGGAAUUUUUUAUAAAUAUGUAUACAAGCUUUACUUUGAAAGUUGCACAACCUUGUUGCUUUUGAAUGUCUGUCAAAUCUCAAUGUGCAAGUCAGAUUUUUCUCUAUAAAAAAAAAUACAUUUUUCUAUUUAUUACAGCCAAUGGUUAAUUAACCCAUCAAGAUGCACCAGGGAAGCUUGCGAUGGCAUACUGUCCGUUAUUCUCCUCCUCAAAGGCCAGUUAACUAACAAGUCCCUGUCAAACAUGUUUAAAUAUAGAAUGUGAGUAGUUUGCUUCCCCUCUAUUUAAUUUAAUAAGCACUGGUUUUAUUGCUUAUUUGUUUCCAUUGUAAAAACAAAAAUGCAUCAAGUACACCAUGGCUGAUGAGCAGCAUUGAAACAUGGUGUCUGCUGAACAUAUUCACGCCACACAAAUGAAUCGAGUCUGUAUGAACCUGGUAUGAUAUUCCCCGUGUAGUAUGAGGAAAUGUCCAACAUCAUUAGCUGACGUCCUGUUGCACCAUUGAUAUACCUGGUUAUCAGAGCAGACACAAGUGUUUUAGAAAGAGUUACUUAUGUCACAGUGAGUUUCCAUUACUGAAAUGUGGCGCGUUCCGAACCAUCCCAGAUGCAGUGUUAAGAGGGUUAAAUGUAUUUGUGAAGUAAAAUUGAACAGCUUUUUCUACCCUUCAUAUACAACCGAAUCUUCCUAAAGCAGAUUUUAAUAAAAUAUUACAAUGAAAGUG